AUGCUGCAGAUCGGGGAGGACGUGGACUAUUUGCUCAUCCCCCGCGAAGUCAGGCUGGCGGGAGGCGUCUGGAGGGUCAUCUCCAAGCCCGCCACCAAGGAGGCGGAAUUUCGGGAGCGGCUGAUCCAGUUUCUGGAGGAGGAAGGCCGCACCCUGGAGGAUGUGGCCCGCAUCAUUGAGAAGAGCACCCCGCAUCCACCCCAACCCCCCAAAAAACCCAAGGGGCCCCGGAUGAGGAGAGUCCAGCAGAUGGUGACCCCACCUCCCCGGCUGGUCGUGGGCACUUACGACAGCAGCAACGCCAGUGACAGCGAGUUCAGCGACUUUGAGACCUCCAGAGACAAGGGUGACAAGGGCCACAAAGGCACGGGGCGUGGCAGGAAGGUGCGCAAAAUGCCUGUCAGUUACCUGGGCAGCAAAUUCCUUGGGAGCGACCUGGAGAGCGAGGAUGAUGAGGAACUGGUGGAGGCCUUCCUCCGGCGGGGGGAGAAGAAGCCCAGCAUGCCGCCAGCCCGCCGCCGGGUGAACCUUCCAGUGCCCAUGUUUGAGGACAACCCGGUGCCCCAGCUGUCCAAAGCGGACAGGUGGCGGGAGUAUGUCAGCCAGGUGUCCUGGGGGAAGCUGAAGCAGAGGGUGAAAGGCUGGGCACCAAGGUCCAGCCCAGGGGUGGGCGAAGCCUGGCAGGCCUCUACCAGGUUGGAGAGGGAUGGCGCAUCAGUGCCACGCAGCGCCAGCCUGGGGGAUAAUGUGGGAAAUGCAGGAGAUGGGCAGGUGCCUGAGAGCCCCCCAAGACGGUGGAGGCCUAAGAUCAACUGGGCCUCAUUCCGGCAUCGCAGGAGAGAGGAAGCAGCAGCCAGAGCUCAGGGGGCAGAGGCUGUAGAUGAGCAGAGAGUGGAGGCUGUGGGUAAUCAGAGGGUGGAGGCUGUAGAUAAUCAAAGAGCAGGGGCCAUAGCUGUCCAGAGGGCAGAGGCUGUGGAUAAUCAGAGGGCAGAGGCCAUGGCUGUCCAGGGGGCAGAGGCUCUGGACAAUCAGAGGGCGGAAGACCCAGCUGUCCAGAGGGUAGAGGAUGCAGAUAAUCAGAGGGCAGAGACCCCAGCUGUCCAGGGGGUUGAAUCCUCAGCUGCUGGGAGGGCCCUAGGGGUCAUCCCAGGAUCUAGGACCCGGAAACAGGUCAAGACAGUGAGGUUCCAGACCCCUGGACGCUUUUCAUGGUUUCGAAAGCGCCGGAGAGCCUUCUGGCACACUCCCCGGUUGCCCAUCCUGCCCAAGAGAGUCCCCAGGGCAGGCGGGGCUAGGAGCCUCAGGGUCCUGAGGGCUGAGGCCAGAGCAGAGGCAGAGCACGGAGAGCAGGAAGACCAGCUGUGA